AUGAACAGGUGGCGGCCACCCACUCAAGUGGAAGAAUCCCCAGUUCAAUGGGGACAGGCUUAUGAUAAACUAACUGAGGAGCAGAAGAAGCAUACGUGGUUUACAGAUGGAUCCGCUAAGUAUGUAAGUGGCAGGAGGAAGUGGAAAAGUGUGGCAUUUAACCCUGCUUUAGAUAAAACUUUGGUAGUUGAAGGUGAAGGGAAGAGCAGCCAAUACGCUGAGCUCUAUGCAGUAUUUUUAGCCUUAAAACAGGAACAGGGUGGGGAAUGUCACUUGUAUACAGAUUCAUGGUCAGUAGCCAAUGGGCUAGCCACUUGGAUUACAGGGUGGAAAAAACAAGAUUGGAAAAUUCAUGGUAAAGAGUUAUGGGGAAAAGAGAUUUGGCAAGAUAUAGAUGCUUUUUUGGUCAAUACUGUGGUUACUGUAUUCCAUGUUGAUGCACAUGUUCCCCUUGACUCAUUGGAACGUUUAUUUAAUUCCCAAGCAGAUGCUGCAGCAGCAAUAUCACUCUCACAGGUGGAACAAAUUAGUGAUAAGGAUAAGGAAUCAUGGCUUCAAGGUACAGCUAUUUGGGCACACCAGAAAAGCGGACACCUGGGAGAGAAAGCCACUCACAGAUGGGCUAAUGAAAGAGGUAUUCCCUUAACUAUAGAUAUAAUUAAACAAAUUAUAGCUAAAUGCCCGGUUUGCCAACAUACACAGAAAAGGGAAGUACCACACACUAUAAUGGGCCAUAUAGGUAGAGGACAGCUACCUGCACAGAUCUGGCAGAUGGAUUUUAUUGGACCAUUGCCAGAAAGUAGAGGUUGCAAGUAUGUGUGCACGGAAGUGGACACAUACUCGGGCCUAUUGGUAGGGUUCCCAUGUAAAAGUGCCACUCAAUGGAGCACAUUAAGAACUUUAGAAGUAAUUAUACAAUACUAUGGCAUGCCAUUACAAAUACAAUCAGAUAAUGGCAGUCACUUCACAGGAAGCCAGGUGAAAACAUAUGCCCAAGAAAAUAAUAUUGAAUGGGUAUAUCAUAUUCCUUAUUAUCCACAGGCCGCAGGACUUGUAGAAAGGAUGAAUGGAAUCCUAAAAUCUACGUUGAAAAAACUGUGCAGUGAGGGUGAUGGUUAUGGGCAAUGGCGUGAUAAUCUUUCAGAGGCCUUGCAGAUAAUUAACAAUAGGCCAAUCACAGAAUCAUUGACCCCAUUAAUGAGGAUGUUAACCCCGAACUUAGUGGUAUCCACCAAGAUGCACCAAGAUGCACAACCUCCAUAUCGAGGUUCCCCAGCGGCUGCUGGAUUAGAUUUAUAUGCUUUAGAAGCAAUAGUAAUUGCACCAGGACAAAUUAAAAUGAUUCCUACCGGCAUAGGAUGUAAGAUACCGGAAGGACAUUAUGGCCAGUUGGCCACAAGGUCAAGUUUUGCCUUAAAAGGGGCAGUAGUAAUAGGAGGAGUCAUAGACUCCGACUAUCAAGGUGAGAUUAAAAUCUUAAUGAUAAAUUUAGGCCCUAACCCUUUAAUAAUAGCAAAAGGGGAAAGAGCCGCCCAAAUGCUCUUAAUCCCGAUUUAUUUAUCGGAACUGAGAGAAGGAGAAGCCCCUACGGAAUUGACAGUGCGGGGAGACAAAGGAUCAACCAAUACUGUCAAUGUUGGAGCUAAGAUUUGGGUCCAGAAUGUCCAAGGACCGCCUUCCCUGCUGAAGUGA